AUGUGUGCCAGGAAUUCCAGGGCCAGGUGGCCCGGGAGGUCCCCUGGCAGGGCCUUCUCCCCCUAGGCACACAUGGCAGCUUGGCAGAUCACCUCAGCGAAACAUGCCAAUUACUUUGGUGUGGACGAGAAACUGGGGCCAGUGGCUGUGAGCAUCAAGCGGGAGAAGUUGGAGGACCACAAGGACCACGGGCCUCAGUACCAGUACAGGAUCAUCUUCCGGACCCGUGAGCUCAUCACCCUGCGGGGAUCCAUCCUGGAGGACGCCACACCCACAGCCACAAAGCAUGGGACGGGGCGGGGCCUGCCCCUGAAGGAUGCCCUGAAGUAUGUCAUCCCCGGGCUCAACAUCCACUGCCUGAGGCUGGCUCUCAACACGCCCAAGGUGACCGAGCAGCUGCUGAAGCUCGACGAACAAGGGCUGUGCCGGAAACACAAAGUGGGCAUCCUCUACUGCAAGGCUGGCCAGAGCUCGGAGGAGGAGAUGUACAACAACGAGGAGGCCGGCCCUGCCUUUGAGGAGUUCCUCUCCCUGAUCGGGGAGAAGGUCUGCCUGAAGGGCUUCACCAAGUACGCCGCCCAGCUGGAUGUCAAGACCGACUCUACGGGCACCCACUCCCUCUACACAACAUACCAGGACUACGAGAUCAUGUUCCACGUCUCCACCCUACUCCCUUACACCCCCAACAACAGGCAGCAGCUACUAAGGAAGAGGCACAUAGGAAACGACAUUGUGACGAUCAUCUUCCAGGAGCCGGGGGCGCUGCCUUUCACCCCCAAGAACAUCCGCUCACACUUUCAGCACGUCUUCAUCAUUGUCCGAGCCCACAACCCCUGCACUGAUAAUGUCUGCUACAGUAUGGCUGUGACCCGAUCCAAAGAUGCUCCUGCUUUUGGUCCCCCCAUCCCCAGUGGAACCACAUUCCGCAAGUCUGAUGUCUUCAGAGACUUCUUGCUGGCCAAGGUGAUUAAUGCCGAGAACGCUGCACACAAGUCUGACAAAUUCCACACCAUGGCCACCAGGACCCGCCAGGAGUACCUCAAGGACCUGGCUGAAAACUGUGUCUCUAACACACCCAUUGACUCCACUGGCAAAUUUAACCUCAUCUCCCUGACCUCCAAGAAGAAGGAAAAGACAAAAGCACGGGCAGGCGCUGAGCAGCACAGCGCAGGCGCCAUCGCCUGGAGGGUGGCGGCCCAGGACUAUGCCCAGGGGGUAGAAAUUGACUGCAUUUUGGGGAUUUCCAAUGAGUUUGUGGUGCUCCUGGACCUUCGCACCAAGGAGGUGGUGUUCAACUGCUACUGUGGGGAUGUCAUCGGCUGGACCCCAGACUCCUCCACUCUCAAAAUCUUCUAUGGGCGAGGGGACCACAUCUUCGUGCAGUCCACGGAAGGCUCUGUGGACGACAUAAGGGAAAUCGUCCAGAGACUGAAGGUCAUGACCAACGGCUGGGAGACGGUGGACAUGACCCUGCGGCGGAACGGGCUCGGGCAGCUGGGCUUCCACGUGAAGUAUGAUGGGACAGUGGCCGAGGUGGAGGACUACGGGUUUGCCUGGCAGGCCGGCCUCCGGCAAGGUAGCCGACUGGUGGAGAUCUGCAAGGUGGCCGUGGUCACACUGACCCACGAUCAGAUGAUCGACCUCCUGCGCACCUCUGUCACUGUCAAGGUGGUCAUCAUCCCGCCUUUCGACGACGGCACGCCCCGGAGGGGCUGGCUGGAGACCUAUGACAUGAAUACCUCGGAGCCGAAGACGGAGCCAGAGAGCAUGACCCCCGGGGGCCGGCCCCCCUACCGCAGCAACGCUCCCUGGCAGUGGAGCGGGCCCGCCUCCCACAACUCUCUACCUGCCUCCAAGUGGGCCAGCCCCAGCACCCCCGGCCAUGCCCAAUCCCUGAGCCGGCCCCCGAAGCAGACCCCCAUGGUCCCCUUCCGGGAGCCCCAGCCCCUGCACAGCAAGAGGCCUGUCAGCUUCCCAGAAACCCCUUACACAGCAUCACCAGCAGGGGCCGACAAAGUCCCUCCCUACCGACAGCCUUCUGGGAGCUUCUCCACCCCCGGCUCGGCCACCUACGCGAGAUACAAGCCAUCUCCAGAAAGGUAUGCGGCUGCCCCACACCCGCUGCUGUCUUUUGAUCCCCACUUCAGCCACGACGGGAUGUCCAGCGGCGACUCCUCCUCAGGCGGCUUGACCAGCCAGGAGAGCACCAUGGAGCGUCAGAAGCCAGAGCCUUUGUGGCAUGUGCCCGCCCAGGCCCGGCUCUCAGCCAUGGCGGGAAGCAGCGGGAGCAAGCACACCUCCAGGCAGGACGCAGCGGGCAAAGAUUCCCCCAACAGGCAUUCCAAAGGAGAACCUCAGUACUCCAGUCAUUCCAGCAGCAACACCCUCUCCAGCAACGCAUCCAGCAGCCACAGCGACGACCGCUGGUUUGACCCCCUGGACCCCCUAGAGCCGGAGCAAGAUCCCCUCUCCAAGGGUGGCUCUAGUGACAGCGGCAUCGACACCACCCUCUACACCUCCAGCCCCAGCUGCAUGUCCCUGGCCAAGGUGCCUCGGCAGCCCAAGCCACACAAGCCCCCAGGAAGCAUGGGCCUUUGCGGCGGCGGACGGGAGGCCGCCACGCGGUCCCACCACGCAGACAGACGGCGGGAGGUCUCGCCAGCCCCUGCAGUUGCCGGUCAGAACAAGGGCUACCGACCGAAAUUGUACUCCUCAGGCUCCAGCACCCCUACAGGCCUGGCGGGGGGUAGCCGUGACCCACCAAGGCAGCCUAGUGACGUGAGCUCCAGGGCCGGCUACCCUGCUCAGGUUUACAAAACCGCCAGCACAGAGACCCCUCGGCCCUCCCAGGUGACCCAGCCCAGCCCCUUCCAGCUGUCCACCUCCGUCCCCAAGUCCUUCUUCUCCAAGCAACCCAUUCGCAAUAAGCACCCCACAGGGUGGAAGAGGGCAGACGAGCCCCCGCCACGGCCACUCCCCUUCACUGACCCAAAGAAGCAGGUGGACACCAACACGAAAAACGUCUUCGGGCAGCCGCGGUUGAGGGCGUCCCUCCGAGACCUCCGCUCCCCACGAAAGAACUACAAAUCCACCAUCGAGGACGACCUGAAGAAACUCAUCAUCAUGGACAACCUGGCGCCGGAGCAGGAGAGAGACGCGGGACAGUCCCCACAGAAGAGCCUGCAGCGGACGCUGUCAGAUGAGAGUCUGUGCAGCGGGCGGCGGGAACCCAGCUUCGCCAACGCUGCCAGCCUGGAGCCGGGCCUGCCCAGCGAUGUGCUCUUCAGCAGCACCUGCGCCUUCCCCUCCAGCACGCUGCCCGCCCGCCGCCAGCACCAGCACCCCCACCCCCCUGGCGGCGGCAGCCCCAGCACCGUCCCUGCGACCGGCAAUGGCUUCCCAGAGAAGAAAUCCACCAUCUCAGCCUCGGAGCUCUCGCUGGCCGAUGGGCGGGACCGGCCACUGCGGCGCCUUGACCCCGGGAUGAUGCCCCUGCCUGACACGGCCUCUGGCCUUGAGUGGUCCAGCCUGGUAAAUGCAGCCAAGGCAUACGAAGUGCAAAGAGCUGUCUCACUCUUCUCCCUCAACGACCCAGCUCUGAGCCCGGAGGUCCCACCUGCACACAGUCCCGUCCACAGCCACCUGAGCCUGGAGAGGGGGCCCCCAACCCCCAGGACCACCCCUACCAUGAGCGAGGAGCCUCCCCUGGAUCUGACAGGCAAGGUGUACCAGCUGGAGGUGAUGCUGAAGCAGCUGCACACCGACCUCCAGAAGGAGAAGCAGGACAAGGCCGUGCUGCAGUCGGAGGUGGCCAGCUUACGCCAGAACAACCAGCGCCUGCAGGAGGAGUCACAGGCCGCCAGCGAGCAGCUGCGCAAGUUCGCGGAGAUCUUCUGCAGGGAGAAGAAGGAGCUCUGA